AUGUCCUUCCAGCGCCUCGCCGUCCCGCGCAACUCGGUCUACAAGGCCAACGGCACGAAGUCAUACCUUCAUGCUAUGCGGAAAUAUGGCUUCCACCCCACCAAGCCAGGCCCCUACUUCCAAGCUAAGCAAUUCCAGCCUCAGGGCAAAUUCGGCCGUACAGGUGGCCGCAUGCGGUCACACUAUGUCCUCGCAAAGAAGCACCAUCCGAGCUCUUCUCAGGGAGCUACUGGUACUGGAGCACAAACUAGCGGCACAGAGGGCGAAGUGCCCGCCGAAGACAUCCAGAACGAUUCGCUGUAUCUGUGUGAGGUCGGCGUCGGCACGCCAGAGCAGAAGUUGUACCUCGAUUUCGACACUGGCUCGAGUGAUCUUUGGGUCUGGUCUACCGAGCUUCCAAAGAGCAUUCUCAGCGGAGCGAACAAGAACAACCAACAAGUUGCUUUUGACGCCACCAAGUCCAGCACUUUUAAGAAGCUGAGCGGAGAGACCUGGAAGAUCUCGUACGGCGACUCCAGCAGUGCUAGCGGGGAUGUAGGAACUGAUACUGUGGAUUUGGGCGGUCUCAAAGUGGAAGGGCAGGCAGUAGAGUUGGCAAAGGAGCUGAGCCAGCAGUUUGCGCAGGGCAAUGGAAGCGGUCUGCUCGGCCUAGCGUUCAGCUCUAUCAACACCGUUUCUCCGACACAGCAGAAGACGGUAUUCACUGCGUACCUCGGUAGCUGGAGGGACACAGACGAGGCAGACAAGGGCCAGAGCUUCUACACCUUCGGCUUCAUCGACCAGGAUACCCUCACAGCCGCCGACGCCACCGAAUCCAGCAUCAACUACGCCGACGUAGACUCCAGCCAAGGCUUCUGGCAGAUCGCGUCCGCAAGCGCGACUAUAAACGGAAAGAAGGUGUCUCGUACAUCCAACACCUCCAUCAUGGACACAGGCACCACCCUCUGCCUCGUAGACGACACCCUCGUCGACGAAGUCUACGCCGCCAUCCCCGGCGCAAAAUACGACGACACGAACCAGGGGUACAUCUUCCCGUCUUCCACGACUGCCGACGCGCUGCCCGAAAUCACGCUCGCGAUCGGCGACCAGCAGGUUGCGUUCCAGAAGGAAGACUUGGGUUUCGCGGACGCAGGGAACGGGAUGGUGUAUGGAAGUAUUCAGUCGAGGGGCAGUAUGGAUAUGGAUAUUUAUGGGGAUGCGGUGUUGAAGGCUAUGUAUGCUGUUUUUGAUAUGAAUGGUGGGAGUCCGAGGUUUGGGUGGGUGCAGAGGAAGGAGGGGAGUCAGAAUACGGCGGUGCCGCCGCAGCAGUAA